AUGUUCAUGCCCAGUCAAGAGCUGUCUGAGGAGCGUCUCAGGCACGAGCAGCGUGUGGAGCACGUGAAGAAGGAGGAGUUGGCGCGCUUGGAGAAGCAUUCCGAGCCCCUCCGCCUCUAUCUCAUGAAGUUCGUUGUUCCAGCGCUCACAGGCGCCCUGGUGGAUGUCUGUCGAGAGCAGCCGGAAGACCCCGUGGGUUACUUGGCCGAGUACCUGUCCCUCUACUCGGAGGUCUCUGCGGAGAGGCGAGCGGCGCGGGCAGCAGAGGGGAAGUCAUAG